AUUUUAAAUCCAGUCCCUCAUCGGAAUUACAUCUUCCUCCAUUCAUCCCUCAACCUCCCGGUGUCUUCCUCUUCUCUGCGUCCUUCGGUCGGCCUUCUUUUUGAUCUCAACUCCGCACUAUCUAAACUGCUCACUCUUGAAAACCUAUCACCAUGGCCGACGAUGCGCAGCAUGAGCACACCUUUGAGAGCGCCGAUGCCGGUGCCUCUGCCACCUAUCCCAUGCAGUGUUCUGCCUUGAGAAAGAACGGCUUCGUUGUCAUCAAGAACCGUCCUUGCAAGAUCGUCGAAAUGUCCACCUCCAAGACCGGCAAGCACGGCCACGCCAAGGUCCACCUUGUCGCCAUCGACAUCUUCACCGGCAAGAAGCUCGAAGAUCUCUCCCCAUCCACCCACAACAUGGAGGUGCCCCAUGUCUCUCGCAAGGAAUAUCAGCUUAUUGAUAUCUCUGAGGAUGGUUUCCUUUCCCUUAUGGCCGAUGAUGGCUCCACUAAAGAUGAUGUCAAACUUCCUGACGGUGAAGUCGGUGACAAGAUCAACAAACUUUUCCGCGUUGAGGACAAGGACAUCAACGUUGUUGUCUUGACCGCCAUGGGCGAGGAAGUCGCCAUGGAUGCCAAGGAAGCCCCUAAAUAAAUGCCUUCGUAUUGGAUUUUCCCUCCCCCCUUGUUAGAAUCUGCGUGUUCACGUCCCCGAACUCAUUGUUUGGACGUGGGAUCUUAUUGGGAAAAAGAUGGGUUUUUCUCGCUCUUACCCAGCUGGAAUGCAGUGCUAGAAUUUAUCUUUCCAACGCUGUUCACCGGCAGUGAUGAUUGUUUCAUGGGACUUGAGCGGACAUUUUUGAUGCCAGCUCUCGCAUGACAAAUUAAUGAUGAAAUAUAAAAAAGACUUGUGUAAAUCUAUCGCUGAGCUUAUUCUAUGUAUCUUUGUUGACGU